CCUGUUCAGCUUGGAUCAGAGUGGCCUGCCCGACGUUGUUGGGCGGUGAGAUUAUAUCACUGUACGGGCAGUUUACAAUUCUGGGAAGAAGGGAUAAGUAGUCUAGGCAACGUCUGAUAUUGAAGGGGGACACAUCUGAAGCGGGUCGGAGCAGGCAGGAUGGUGACUAUUCCAGAGUACUACGAUGGGAAGAGCGUGCUCAUCACGGGGGCCACGGGCUUCAUGGGGAAGGUCCUGCUGGAGAAGCUGCUGCGCUCCUGUCCGGCGGUCAAGGCCGUCUACGUGCUCGUCCGGCAGAAGGCAGGCCAGGACCCCCACACGCGGAUCGCCGAGAUGGUCAACUGCAAGCUCUUUGACAGGUUAAGAGAUGAGCAGCCAGCAUUUGCAGAGAAAAUAAUUCCCAUCAGCAGCGAUCUGACCCAGCCCGAGCUGGACCUGAGCAAAGAGGACCAAGAGACCCUGGUCGACUGUGUUAACGUGGUCUUCCACUGUGCCGCCACCAUCAGAUUCAACGAACCUCUGAAAGAUGCGAUGCAGCUCAACGUCCUGGCCACACAGAAGAUGGUGGCGUUGGCCCAAAGGAUGAAACGGCUGGAGGUGUUCCUUCACGUCUCCACUGCCUACGCCAACUGCGACCGCACGGUCAUCGAGGAGGUGGUCUACCCUCCGCCUGUCGACUACAAGAAGCUGAUCGACUCCCUGGAGUGGAUGGAUGAGAAGCUGGUCAAUUUAAUCACACCAAAACUCAUUGGGGACCGGCCCAACACAUACACGUACACGAAGGCCCUCGCCGAGUACCUCGUCCAGCAGGAAUGCGGGAACCUGAACGUGGCUAUUGUGAGGCCCUCCAUCGUGGGCGCCAGCUGGAAAGAGCCGUUUCCGGGCUGGAUCGACAAUUUCAACGGACCAAGCGGGAUAUUUAUCGCUGCAGGAAAGGGGAUCCUCCGCACCAUGCGAGCCUCCAACAGUGCGGUGGCAGACCUGGUGCCAGUGGACGUGGUGAUCAACACCACGCUGGCGGCCGCCUGGUACUCCGGCUCUCAGAGAUACGCCCGGCCUAAAAGCAUUUUGGUGUACAACUGCACGACCGGUGGCAUCAACCCCUUUCACUGGGGAGAAGUCGAGUACCAUGUAAUAUCCACUUUCAAGAGGAACCCCCUUGAGCAGGCCUUCAGACGGCCCAAUGUUAAUCUCACAUCCAAUCACCUUAUCAAUCAGUACUGGAUUGCUGUAAGCCACAAGGCGCCAGCAUUCCUUUAUGAUCUCUACCUCAGGAUUACUGGAAGACCGCCCAGGAUGAUGAAGACCAUCACCAGGCUGCACAAAGCCAUGAUGGUGCUGGAGUACUUCACCAGCCACUCCUGGGUGUGGAACACAGACAACCUGUCCAUGCUCAUGAGUCAGAUGAGCCCGGAGGACAAGAAGCUGUUUAACUUCGACGUGCGGCAGCUACACUGGGCAGAGUACAUGGAGAAUUACUGCAUGGGGACAAAGAAGUACGUGUUGAAUGAGGAACUGUCGGGCCUUCCAGCAGCCAGGAAACACCUCAACAAGUUGAGGAACAUCCGCUACGCUUUCAACACCAUCCUGGUCGUGCUGCUGUGGCGAGUGUUUGUCGCCCGGUCACAGAUGGCCCGAAAUAUCUGGUACUUCGUGGUCAGCCUGUGCUUCAAGUUCCUGUCCUACUUCCGAGCGUCCAGCACCAUGAGGUACUGAAGCCAGCGUGGAAACGUACCCUCCAGACCCCCCCCACCUCCCACCCCCGCUCUCUCCGAUAGCUAUGCAUUUGGCAAAAUGCUCUUCUAAGCGUGGAUAUCAGGGUCACCACACUGUGUGACAUGGCAUGACGGUGUGAAAUUGCUCUCUCUCUCUCCUGGCCAUACGUUCUAUUAAUACGUGACUGCAUUCAUGUCUUGGGGUUGGAGUUAGGGUUUUCUUUUCUUUUUCUCAGUUUUCUUUUUCUCCUCCCCUCCCACCUUCGCUCGGUUCAGGGUCUUGCCGCCCAGCUUUGCUCACUGAUGGCAAUAAUGAGUCUGUUCCCUAUCGUACGAGCAAGCGCGAGGCAGAUUGCGCGCAAUCAGUUUUUUUUUUUUUUUUUUUUUUUUGUGCCUGAAUCUCUAGCUUCUCGCGUCACAAUCUGAUCUUGUGGCCAUUUUGCUUUUUAAGUCUUUGGCCGGUUGCUUUUCCACCAAAGCCAUUCCAUCAUGUCACUUUUGAAUCUAGCCAAAAUGCUGUUAGAUUAUUAUUAUUUCCCCCCCCCCACUUAUUUAAAAGUUGCAAUGAUCUUGAGCUUUUGCCUGUAUUUUGAAUUAUUUCCGUGGAAGUGUUUAUUCUGGUUGUCAUCUUGGUAACUUCUCCUCCAUAGAUUUUUUUAAAGAUAUUUUAUUAUUGUUAUGAUUAUUAUUGUUAUUAUGAUGAUUAUUAUUAUUAUUAUUAUUAUCUGCAACCUCUUCCCAUGUUUUGGAGGUCAGGAUUCCUACAGACAUGGGUGUUUGAGUAUUUGAUAAAAACCCUUUGUCAGAUAGCGAAGUCCCAGCGUGUGUACGGUUUCUCCGCUCCCCGAUGCCGUCGAUGCUCUUCGCGGUGGCAGGCGUCGUUGACUCCCGCCGCGGCGGUGUCACCGGCUGCAGCUGUAGCGUGUUUCAGCGCGUCGAGGCUGCACCACGCAGUGCCACGCCCAGAUGCGGUCCUGGUUGGUCCCCGCUUCAGUAAACGUACAAGAGCACUUGAAACGGUGGUUGAGAUCUCAUUAAACUGUGCUAUCCUCUUUUCUUAUUCUUUCUCUUAUUUUAUUUUUAUUUUGUAUUGUUUUUUCUCUCCAUGAGUAUAGGUGAAAGGUGGCGAUUUGAAAUUCCUUUUUUUUAAUCUUCUUUUUUUUUUAAUCUUUUUUUUUUUUUUUUUUUUUUUUUUUUUUCUCUUCCACCCCUUUUCUUUUCUUGCUUAUUCAUGUUUUAAUUUGUGAAUGUCAUGAAUGUGUCCUUAUUCCCCAAUUCUAUUUGGGGUGUAUGGGUGUAAGGUUGGUUUUUUUUUUUUUUUUUGGUGUGUGACUAGGCUGUCGGGUGUGGGGUAUAGAGCUUUCUUUGGGGCGGGGGUUUUGCUUCAAUGUUAAAACGUUUGAAGGGUGUGUCAAUUGUGCCUGAACUCAAAAUGAAAUGUGAAAGAAUUGUGUGUUUUCUAACAGGUUUCUGUAAAACUAUUUACCUAGCUCUAACAAGACUAGAAUAAAAGCGUUGUAAGCUGAGUUAUAAAGUAUUUUUGUGCUCACAAUAAAUGCAAAGUGGCUAUUUAUUUACAAAGCGUGAAGCUUGAGUGAACCCAUUAAAAUCAGGAGCCACUGUCUGCUGCUGUUUAUACCCCUUACAGGUAAUGGCCGUUUUCUGGAAAGCCAUUCAUCAGCUUUUCAUUGGUCUUUUUUGUACUCCAUACCUACUGUUCUCUUCAACCUAAAUCUUUAUAGUUAUCAUAAGAUUCCGUUCUCCAGUUCCUGUGUUCUUGUCACUGAAAAAACUAAAAGAAUUAAUGUUGACUUUUUCCAAGUGCAAAAUUUGUAUCCUUCUGAUGUCAUUGUGACUUUUUCAUGACUGGGUUGAAUUGCCACAUUUUGAAUUGUCCCAAGUUUAAUUUUUAAGUCUGUAACAUUUUUUUAUACAUGCAGAAGGCAGCAAAGCUUUGGUUAUGCGCAACGGUUUCAGGUUUCUUUUUGCUUAGGCUACUUCUGUAACAGUCAAAAAUAAUCAAACUUGGGAAACUAGUGUCUCCUACUUAAAUGGGGAAAAAAAAAAAAAAGAAAAAGAAAAGAAAAAAAAGGUGUGUAUUUGGCCAAUGAACUGUGGUUUGUUUUAAAUUCCAUAAGGACAUCACAGGAGUUUGGCGGAAUUUAAUUUCUAGUAAUAUGGUCUUCAGUUCAGAAGGCAUUACAUGUUUAACACUUCAUUUUUUUAAUUUUUUUAUUUAAUCAUUCGGUUUUGUUUUUUUUUCCGUCUCGAGAGAUAAAAUGUAUGCUACAUUUCUAAUGAUUUUAUUUGAUUGUUCUUUUUUGUUUUGUUUUGGUUUUGUUUUAGUUUUCUGCUUGCGAAGUAGUACUAUUUGUGUUGUAUUUCCUCCAGUAUAGUACAGUGCAGGUUUGUUUAGUUGCCCCUCAGAAGGUGAUACAGUGCCGUGCCCAGGUGAAUGAUGUAUCCCCUCAUAUUCUGAAAUUGUUUUCUUGUGUGUUUUAUUGUUCAAAUACAAAAGAAAUUCCCUUGUACGCGGUCUUCAGUUCAGAAUGAGUUAAAAAAAAAAAAAGAAAAAAAAAAAAAGAAAUGUGUUGCCACAGUUAAUGGAAAAAAAAUCAAUGGGUGCCUUUGUUUGUAAACCAAAAAAAGAUAAAAAAUAAACUAUGUGAAAUCCUAUCUGAAA